CCUUGUGCAUCCGGCUGAAGCUUCAGUCUCGUGUGCAAUCUCACAGUGUGGAAUGCCAGUCAGCCAGCUAAGCUACCUAGCAAAUGUGGCAUUGAAAGACAGGCGAGCGGAGUGGCUGAAUUGAGAUAAUAACGCAUUCGUCACUCGGUUGCUACAAGCUAGCUAGCGGCGUUUUCUUUGAAAAUGGCGGAUGUUGCUACAACUGGCGGUGCGGAGAAGAGCCUGGAUGAUUUCUUUGCCAAGAGGGAUAAAAAGAAGAAGAAAGAAAAGGGGAAGGGGAAAGAGACGGGAGCUGGGCCCACACCAGUUGUCCUAAAAAAGAACAAAAAGGAAAAGGAGAAGUCAACGAAAAGUGAAAACCAAGAUGCGCAGAUUGAAAGGGAGGACGAGGAGUGGAAAGAGUUUGAGCAGAAAGAGGUGGAUUACAGCGGCCUCCGACUGCAGGCUCUGCAGAUAAGUGAUGAAAAGGAGGAGGAGGAGUAUGAAAGGGAGGAAGUUGGGGAUGAUGGAGAGAUCAUCCUGGUCAGUGGAGACAAAGUUUCUGGACCUUGGAACAAAUCUGGCUCAGCUCCAGCUGCCGCUGUUGCCCCUGUGGAGGAAGUGGAAGUGCCUGAGUCCAAGCCUUCAGGUGUGUACCGCCCCCCAGGGGCCAGGCUGACCACCAACAAGCGAGGCCCCACCCAAGGCCCCCCUGAGAUCUUCAGCGACACGCAGUUUCCCUCCCUGGGGGCAACCUCUAAGCACGUGGAGACUCGCAAGGAUAGAGAAAUGGAGAAGACCUUCGAGGUGGUGAAGCACAAGACCCGUGGCCGAGAGGAGGGGGGGAGUGCUUCUAUGCAACAGCUGCAGCUUGACAACCAGUAUGCCAUCCUGGGGGCCAAGUAAGCCCCUCACUCCCCACCCCCACCCCCCCUUCACAUCCUGCGCGGUCCUGCCCAGUCCCCUCCCCUCUCCUCCCCCACCCCUUCCCUCCUGGAGGGAAACUGAAAUACAGCUGUGGUGAACCAGACCCCUGUCAAAGCUGGUGCUACCACCACCACACUGAACCUUCUGUCCCUUUUGACGCCACAGAAAACGCACACACACACUCUACAUUGACACACUGUCACCCAACACCCAUAGGCAUGCACACACAUGAUAUUGAUGCACCAUACAAAACACACAAGCAUUUGGAAGGACUAAAGGAUCGCAGCUAAAGGGGCUGUGGUUAAAGAAACAGAUCGAUUCUACCUGAUAUACCAAUAUGAACAGCACUGCAGCAGCAGCAACAAAGGACAACAAAGUUGUCUAUUGUGGAUCGUAGUCAGAGCAGCAGUCGUGUGGUACGGCAUCUCUGAACUUCUCAACUUGCUAAACUUUGAUAAAGCCACAGAGGAUCGAUACCCGGCGAGGUGAUGAUUUUCCGAACUUCUGUUGAAAUAGAUAUAUUUUUUGCGAAGAUCGUUAUAAUCCAGAACUGCACAUGGUUUUGGGGGUGGGGGGGGGGGUGUGUGUGCGCGUGUGUAUUUGAGUUUCGGUUUGGGGCACGAGAGGAAAGUCAGGGAGGGGGGAGACUACCUCAUUGGCAAAGCUGUGGCAGCCAUUUUGUCUGAGCCUCAGCUUGAGUGAGGAGAGGAAGGGGGAGGGGCUUCCAUCUGGCCCUGCAGACCAGCACCACCAUGCUCUUACACCUAGACACUUGAAGACCCCUUGUAUUCCCUCAGUAAUGAGAUCUGUGGACAAGGAGUAAAGGCUGUGGUCCUCUAUAUAGAAUAACUAUUUAAAGUGGCCUUACUGUAAAGAGAAGCUGCUUUGUCCUCUGAAGAAAGCCUACUCGCACGCUGUCUACACAGGCUGUUGGGCAGCCUGUGGAUCUUGCCUCUGAGAAAAACCUCAGUUCAACGAGAAUGUAGUGCCGAGUUGUAGUUUGAACAACUAACAACUAACUGCCCACAAUUCAUAUCCACUGUUUUGAAUUGCUACCCCAAAUUAUGAAUCCCCACCCCCCUCAAUUUGGAUUCUAUAACAUCAGAACACCAAUUAUUAAAGAUAAUUUCUAAUCUGAAGUCAUUCCUUUUGGUAAAUGUGUUGACUUUCUGCAUUGUUUGUUGUGGUGGCUGUUUUUCCACAGUGUUACCACUGUUUUUCUGUUCUUCAAAAGGUGUAAUGUGGAGGGUAGACUUCAAACUGUUACAUAUAAAGAUACAGCUACCUAUUACAAUUACCCAACUAAUUGACACCAUCUGGAUUCCCCAAAGGAAAUGUGAUUUUGUUUAGCAUAAUUCUGAUAAAGUAUAGGCUUUUGCUUUGCCCCAAAUUUGUUGCAUUGCUAAUGUCCCCAAACUUGAUUUAUAAGCUUUGCACCACAAGACAUCCUCUUUUCCCCACCUUGAAGGUUCCAUCCAUUGAUAAAGAGGCCUCAGCACUUACUGGUUUACCUGUUUUAGCAGAGGAAGCCUGUAUGUUAUUCUAAUUUCUGGAGUGAUUCAGUUUGUCUUUCCUGUUUGGCACCAAACCCACUGAUAUACUCUAUGGACACAAGAUCUAGGCGCUGUACCAAUUCUCUACAAUACAUCUUUGCUUCCUCUCUGAUCUUAAAUGGCUGGAUAGGUGGAAGUAUGUGCCUCUACACAGCUGAUACCAAUCCUGUCUGAUUGAAAUCAGUGACUUUUCCAAGGAAAGGAGAAUUUGAAUGGUGCCACUUUAGGAUCAGAUGGUUUGGAUCAACUGUAGCAUGUGGAGCCAAGCGUUAGGAGGGCUAGUUGUGUCUUGUCAAAGUUAUUCAGAAUGACCCUGGAUCUAGGCCAGUACAUGCUACAGCCAACCCCUCUUAUCACUGUAAAGUCAUAUGUUGAUCGAGACAACGAUGGCUAGCUCGCUCAUGGCUAGCUGUCUGAAACAUGUAGAAGAUCUCAAGCAAAGCUCUUUCAAAGUAUUAUGGAGUGUCAUUAAGGAGUCAGGGUUGGAGAAUCAAACCAUCUGGACGGCCUGACCUGCCGAACCACUGGCCUGCCGGACCACUGGCUGGAUGAUGACUGAAAACACUUGUGAGAUGUUUAACUCCAAAUAAAGUUGAUCCUUGUGA